AUGUGUGGUGUGUUAGGUAUUUGUUUGGCGGAUCAAACAGCUGCUGUUGCUCCAGAAUUAUUCGACGGAUGUUUAUUUUUACAACAUAGAGGUCAAGAUGCUGCUGGUAUCUCGACUUGUGGGCAACGUGGUAGAUUAUACCAAUGCAAGGGUAACGGUAUGGCUCGUGACGUUUUCACUCAACAAAGAAUGGCCGGAUUAGUUGGUUCCAUGGGUAUUGCUCACUUGCGUUAUCCAACUGCUGGUUCCAGUGCUAACUCUGAAGCUCAACCUUUCUAUGUCAACAGUCCAUAUGGGAUCUGUAUGGGCCAUAACGGUAAUUUGGUUAACACUCAGGCUAUACAACGUUACAUGGAUGAAGAUGUACAUAGACAUAUCAACACGGAUAGUGACUCCGAGUUGUUGUUGAACAUCUUCGCUGCUGAGUUGGAGAAAUACAACAAGUACAGAGUUAACAACGACGAUAUCUUCCAUGCUUUAGAAGGUGUAUAUCGUUUGUGUCGUGGUGGGUAUGCCUGCGUUGGUAUGGUUGCUGGUUUUGCCAUGAUCGGGUUCAGGGAUCCUAACGGUAUCAGACCUUUGUUAUUCGGUACCAGAACCAACGCUGAUGGUACUAAGGACUAUAUGCUAGCGUCAGAGAGUGUGGUAUUAAAGGCCCACAAUUUCAACGAUUUCCGUGAUUUGAAGCCUGGUGAAGCCGUCAUCGUGCCAAAGGAUUGCUCAAAGAGUGAACCAGAGUUUAGGCAGGUGGUUCCUGUGAAUUCUUACAGACCAGAUCUGUUCGAAUACGUUUAUUUCGCUCGUCCAGAUAGUGUAUUGGACGGGAUCUCCGUGUACCACACUAGAUUGGCCAUGGGUGUCAAAUUAGCUGAAAGCGUUCUUAAGUCCAUAAAACCAGAAGACGUUGAUGUCGUCGUGUCGGUACCAGACACUGCACGUACGUGUGCUCUCGAGUGUGCAAACACCUUGAAUAAACCAUACCGUGAAGGGUUUGUGAAGAACAGAUACGUUGGAAGAACUUUCAUCAUGCCAAAUCAAAAGGAACGUGUCUCGAGUGUGAGACGUAAACUAAAUCCUAUGGAAUCUGAAUUCAAGGGGAAGCGCGUCUUGAUUGUAGAUGACUCAAUCGUUAGAGGUACCACAUCAAAGGAAAUCAUCAACAUGGCCAGAGAAUCGGGUGCUCUUAAGGUAUAUUUCGCAUCUGCUGCUCCUGCCAUCCGUUUCAACCAUAUUUACGGUAUCGAUUUGGCUGACACUAAACAGUUGGUUGCUUACGAUAAGACUGAAGAGGAAAUCCAACAUGAGUUAGGUUGUGAUGAGGUCAUUUACCAAUCUUUGGACGAUUUGAUUGACUGUUGCAAGACUCCGCAAAUUCAAAAAUUCGAAGUCGGUGUGUUUACAGGUCAGUAUGUCACUGGUGUCGAAGAUGGUUACCUUUUAGAAUUGGAAAAGGCUCGUGCAAUGAACGUCCUCAAGGCCAGUGCCAAGGCAGAAUCCGAUAUCGGUAUAUAUAACAGCGGUGACUAUUGA